UUUCGCUGUAAAGUCGCGCCGGCGCUCAAUGAAUGAGAGCCGAACAGAAACAGGAGCGAAUUAAACCCGGAGCUCCACCGAAACCCAGCGGUUAUAACGCAUUAUAACGGCCUAUUAGCGGAUUACUAGCGCCUUCUGCUGCGGGGCUCGGCUGCAGUCUGAAUUCCUGUGCCAGUGUGAGCGCCCCCUUCUGGCUGGCUGUUGCGCUGUAUUAGUGUUGGUGUGGAGUCAGGCUGGCGGAGGUGGUGGGGUGCCCGUGGACCAUGAGGGACAGUGCUAGCGGCCUAGCACAAACGCACUGGCCCAAUGAGCUUAUGCUAACGGCGGGCGAAGAUGGCACCGCCAGCGGGGGCGCUAUUGGUGGGAGGCAUCUAAUGGACCCAGCGGCGGCCCAGUACGCACCCAGCCCGGCUCAGCUCAAACUGGGCCGCGGCGUGCAGGACGUUAGCCUGUGGGGGGCGGAGUACACCGUACCUGAUGAAGAGGAAGAGGAGGAGGAAGAGAUGGAUGGGGAAGAUGAAGACAUGGAAGAGGAGGCGGAUGAGGAUGAGAGUUUCCGUGGAAACUCCGAAAGCGAGGACAACUGCGUGCUGCUAGAGGCCCUGCAGCCGCUGCGUAAUCAGGCAGGCCUCAAAGCCAGGGACUUUCCUGACUACCCUGCCCACACUUGGGCUGACGCGCCAAGCUUGAGUCGACCAGCUUGGUGGGGUCACAGAACCCGGAGGUGUAUGAGCAUUCGGUUCCGGCUGGCGCAGCAGUGGAGAACCUGGCGUCAGCGGGCAAAGUGGGCGGGGUCUGUGGGGUUCAGGAGGUCACGCUGGAGGACCAGGAGGAGGCGUCAGAGGCAACCAGAGAGGGCGCUAAUGCACAGAGAGCCCCACGGUGCGGACAGAGAGACAGCAGACUCCUGCAGCUCCAGCAGACUCUCCACGAGUAAAGACGGCUCCGUCAGGGACGACGGUGAAGGACGGGGUUCCCCCUGCGGUCCUCUGGCGGCCCGCGACCGGCCCAGCCCUCAGAACCAGCUCAGCAGCGAACACAUCUCCUGUGUACAAGGUAUUCUGGACGAGUUCCUGCAGCAGUACGGCAGUUUGAUCCCCAUCCACGUGGAUGAAGUGGUGGAGAGACUGCAGAGCGUUUUCAACGAGAGCUUCUCCAGCCCACACAGGAAGGUGAUGGUGCAGCAUUUAAUGCAGUCGUACCAGCGCAUGUCCGGAACCGCCAUGAUGAGGGAUUUCCGCGUUAACUAUAAGCGCCACGUUCUGACCAUGGACGACCUGAGCACGCUGUACGGACAGAACUGGCUCAAUGACCAGGUGAUGAACAUGUAUGGAGAUUUGGUCAUGGACGCUGUUCCUGACCGAGUUCACUUCUUUAACAGCUUCUUCUAUGAUAAGUUGAGGACAAAAGGAUAUGAAGGCGUCAAGCGGUGGACGAAAAACGUGGACAUUUUCCAGAAGAAGUAUCUGUUGAUUCCGAUCCAUCUGGAGGUUCACUGGUCUCUGGUCUGCGUCAACGUUCCUGAGCGCACAAUCACCUACUUCGACUCGCAGAGGACCCUCAACCGCCGCUGCCCGAAGCACAUCGCAAAAUACCUGCUAGCGGAGGCGAUCAAGAGAGAGCAGAAAGAGUUCUACAGCGGCUGGAGGGGUCUGUUCAAAAUGAACGUGGCCCGGCAGAACAAUGACAGCGACUGUGGAGCUUUUGUCCUCCAGUACUGUAAGUGCCUGGCGUUGGAGCAGCCGUUCGGUUUUGGUCAGCAGGACAUGCCGAAGCUGCGCCGGCUGAUGUAUAAGGAGCUCUGUCACUGCAGACUGUCGCUGUGAGGACGCCCAGACUGAUGGAGCGGCCGAGCGAGAGGAGGGGAGGGAGGAGAGCAGCGUCUCACUCCUCAGCUUCCAUCCACACAGUGAUCCCACCCCCCCGACCACCCUGCCCCUGACUACCCUGCACCCCCCCGAACACGUUUUCCCCUCGUUAAUGUACACUCUUAAAAAAGAUGAAGUUUAAUAAAGAAAAUGGUUCUGUUUAGGACCAUGAACACUCAAACUACUCUGCAUGAUUAAAGCGUCCCUCUCCA